AUGCGUUUAGAGCCAGAAACAGAUAUGAGGCAUCUGCAGCACAGAGAGCUAAAGUCUCCAAUUGGGAGCUGCAGUUCACUCUUUGAAGCCUUUCCAUGCAGAAUAAUCCCUCCUUUCAUUGUAUUUCAUUGUUCUGUGAUUACUUGUGCUGAUCCAGGUGACUCAAAUUGUCUUAUACUUUUUUUUUUUAGAUACAUCAAAUUACGAAAUGGCUUGCAGGCACUUUUGAUUUCAGACCUGAGUAAUACAGAAGGUAAAAUGGGAGAUGCAACAGAUGAUGAAGAUGAAGAAGAAGAAGAAGAAGAAGAAGAAGAUGAUGAUGAUGAUGAUGACGAUGACGACGAAGAUGAAGAUUCUGGAGCUGAAAUAGAAGAUGAUGAAGAAGAAGGUUUUGAAGAAGAAGAAGAAGGAUUUGAUGAGGAGGAGGAUAAACAUGAUGAUAUUGACACUGAAGAAAAUGAAUUGGAAGAAAUAGAAGAGAGGGGAGAAGGUAGAAAGAAAACCACAGAAAAACAGUCUGCAGCUGCGCUUUGUGUUGGAGUUGGGAGUUUUGCUGAUCCAGAUGACCUGCCUGGGCUGGCACACUUUUUGGAACACAUGGUAUUCAUGGGUAGUUUGAAGUAUCCAGAUGAGAAUGGAUUUGAUGCCUUCCUGAAGAAACACGGGGGGAGUGAUAAUGCUUCAACUGAUUGUGAACGUACAGUUUUUCAGUUUGAUGUUCAGAGAAAAUACUUUAAGGAAGCCCUGGAUAGAUGGGCCCAGUUCUUCAUCCAUCCACUAAUGAUCAGAGAUGCAAUUGAUCGUGAAGUCGAAGCUGUUGAUAGUGAAUACCAACUUGCAAGACCUUCUGAUGCAAACAGAAAAGAAAUGUUAUUUGGAAGCCUUGCUAGACCUGGACAUCCUAUGGGAAAAUUUUUUUGGGGAAAUGCUGAGACUCUUAAACAUGAACCAAAAAAGAAUAAUGUUGACACACAUGCUAGAUUGAGAGAAUUCUGGAUGCAUUACUACUCUGCUCAUUACAUGACUUUAGUGGUUCAGUCUAAAGAAACACUGGAUACUUUGGAAAAGUGGGUGACUGAAAUCUUCUCUCAGAUACCAAACAAUGGGUUACCCAAACCAAACUUUGGCCAUUUAACGGAUCCAUUUGACACACCAGAAUUUAACAAACUUUAUAGAGUUGUUCCAAUCAGAAAAAUUCAUGCUCUGACCAUCACAUGGGCACUUCCCCCUCAGCAGCAAUAUUACAGGGUGAAGCCACUUCAUUAUAUCUCCUGGCUGGUCGGACAUGAAGGCAAAGGCAGCAUUCUUUCUUAUCUUAGAAAAAAGUGCUGGGCUCUUGCACUAUUUGGUGGAAAUGGUGAAACAGGAUUUGAGCAAAAUUCUACUUACUCAGUGUUCAGCAUUUCAAUUACAUUGACUGAUGAAGGUUAUGAACAUUUCUAUGAGGUUGCUCAUACUGUCUUCCAGUAUUUAAAAAUGCUGCAGAAACUAGGCCCAGAAAAAAGAAUUUUUGAAGAGAUUCAGAAAAUUGAGGAUAAUGAAUUUCAUUACCAAGAACAGACAGAUCCAGUUGAGUAUGUGGAAAACAUGUGUGAAAACAUGCAGCUGUACCCACUACAGGACUUUCUCACUGGAGAUCAACUUCUUUUUGAAUACAAGCCAGAAGUCAUUUCUGAAGCCCUUAACCAGCUAGUUCCUCAAAAAGCAAACCUUGUUCUAUUGUCUGGUGCUAAUGAGGGAAAAUGUGACCUUAAGGAGAAAUGGUUUGGGACUCAGUAUAGUAUGGAAGAUGUUGAAAAUUCUUGGGCUGAACUGUGGAAUAGUAACUUUGAAUUAAAUCCAGAUCUUCAUCUCCCAGCUGAAAACAAGUACAUAGCUACGGACUUUAUGUUGAAGGCUUUUGAUUGCCCUGAGACAGAAUACCCUGUUAAAAUUGUAAAUAGUCCACAAGGUUGCCUGUGGUAUAAGAAGGACAACAAAUUCAAAAUCCCCAAAGCAUAUAUACGUUUUCAUCUGAUCUCACCUUUGAUACAAAAGUCUGCAGCAAAUGUAGUGCUCUUUGAUAUCUUUGUCAAUAUCCUUACCCACAACCUUGCGGAGCCAGCUUAUGAAGCAGAUGUGGCACAGCUGGAAUAUAAACUGGUGGCUGGAGAACAUGGUUUAAUUAUUCGAGUAAAAGGAUUCAACCACAAACUACCUCUACUGUUUCAACUCAUUAUUGACUACUUAGCAGAGUUCAGUUCCACGCCAGCUGUCUUCACAAUGAUCACUGAACAGUUGAAGAAGACCUACUUUAACAUCCUCAUCAAGCCUGAGACUCUGGCCAAAGAUGUGCGGCUUUUAAUUCUGGAAUAUGCUCGCUGGUCUAUGAUCGACAAGUACCAGGCUUUGAUGGAUGGCCUUUCUCUUGAAUCUCUGAUGAGUUUUGUCAAAGAGUUCAAGUCUCAGCUCUUCGUUGAGGGUUUGGUACAAGGAAAUGUCACAAGCACUGAAUCUAUGGAUUUCUUGAAAUAUGUUGUGGACAAGCUGAACUUCAUGCCUCUGGAGCAGGAGAUGCCUGUGCAGUUCCAGGUCGUAGAGCUGCCUGGUGGCCACCACCUGUGCAAAGUGAGAGCUCUGAACAAGGGUGAUGCCAACUCUGAAGUCACUGUGUACUACCAGUCAGGUACCAAGAGUCUGAAAGAAUACACUCUUAUGGAGCUGCUUGUGAUGCAUAUGGAAGAGCCUUGUUUUGACUUUCUUCGAACCAAGCAGACUCUUGGGUACCAUGUCUACCCUACCUGUAGGAAUACAUCUGGGAUUCUAGGAUUCUCUGUCACUGUGGGGACUCAGGCAACCAAAUACAACUCUGAAAUUGUUGAUAAGAAGAUAGAAGAAUUUCUCUCCAACUUUGAGGAGAAGAUCGAGAACCUCACUGAGGAUGCAUUUAACACUCAGGUCACAGCUCUGAUCAAGCUAAAGGAGUGUGAGGAUACCCACCUUGGGGAGGAGGUGGAUAGGAACUGGAAUGAAGUGGUGACACAACAGUACCUCUUUGACCGCCUUGCCCAUGAGAUUGAAGCACUGAAGUCGUUCACAAAGUCAGACCUAGUCUGCUGGUUCAAGGCUCAUAGAGGACCAGGAAGUAAAAUGCUCAGCGUUCAUGUUGUUGGAUUUGGGAAGUAUGAGCUGGAAGAGGAUGGUACCGCUUCUGGUGAAGAUUCAAACUCUUGUGAAGUGAUGCAGCUAACCUACCUGCCAACCUCUCCUCUGUUAGCAGAGUCUACUGUCCCCAUCACUGAUAUCAGGGCUUUCACAUCAACACUUAACCUUCUCCCCUACCAUAAAAUAGUCAAAUAAACUGCAGUCUCAUUGGCCUGGAAAA